AUGGAAAAUCAAAACGGAAUGACAAUUAAAAGCAAUAAUCCUGCUCCCACAGUGGAGCAGAUAAAUGCUGAUCGUAUAACACAGGUAUUUAUUUGCUAAUCUAUUUCAUUACAUAAUAAUGAAUUAUACGUAUUAUUUCUUUAUUAUAAAAAAAUAUGUUUACAUACCUAUUUUAAUAAACAAUAAACAAUUACAGCUUGCAAAUAAAUAUUGGGCGCCGCAUACAAUGGAUUCACAUCUUUCAUUUAGUUCUCAAAUAGUAGAAGAUAUUUAUGUCCAAGAAAUAUGUGCGUCUAAAUUCUCUAUUCGAAGAAUCAUGAUGUUAGAAUUCAGCCAAUAUCUAGAAAACUUCCUAUGGCCAAAUUACAAUGCAAAAACUGCAACUCGUGCUCACACCAUGUCCAUUGUUGUCAUGGUUAAUGAAAAAUUUCGAGAAAGGGUUCAAGUUUGGGAGGCAUUUGAAAAAAGUCCUGAACAUUUUCCUGAGUUUUUUCAAAAUGUUUUAGAGGCAUGCCUUGAGGAGAGUAUAAUGGACUUUGAUUUGAAGGAACAAACAGCAUUGAUUGUUUUCUUAAAUCAUUGUUUCAAUUCCAUGGAAGUAUUACUAGUUAGGGAAGAAGUGAAAAGACUUGUGUCAUUGUCUAUGUGGAUUUCAUUGCAACAAGGUCGUAGAGAAUUGGAAUUUAGAAAAUAUCCAAAGUGGAGAAAGUACUGGAAAGUCAUAAGGAAAAAAGAUAAUCCUGAAUGCAAAGAGAAGUUAGAAUGGGAACGUAAAUUUUUACACAAAUUGAUGAUAAAGUUUAUGACAAUAUUGGAAACAAUAUUAGAAAAAGGACCACUUUUACCAGAUAAGGUACGAUAUUGUGAGAGAUUUUUGGAGCUGGUAAUAGAUUUAGAAGCUCUAUUACCAACUAGACGUUUCUUCAAUACCGUUAUGGACGAUUGUCAUUUGGUAGUAAGGUGCCAGCUAUCCAAUUUAUUACAUCGCUCGGAAGGUGAAUUGUUUGGCCAGGUGAGUUUUUUCUUAAAUUUUUUUUUGAAUUAAAUAAUAGGAAAAUGUAAUAUGUUUGAAAACAUAUAUUUAUUUUAUAAAAAUGAUAUACCAUUUACAAAAGUCAUGUAUUUAUACAAAUAUAAAUAUUAUAUUUUAAUUAAAAGUAAAAAAUUCUUAGAAGUAAAAGAUUUCUUAGAACAAAAUAUUUUUAUAAAAAAUGAUAGUUGUAAUGAUAAUAUUUGUCUAUAUUCAUUGCGAUAAAUUAAUUGAAUAUUUUGUACAGAUAAGUGCACAUUUUUGUAAGGCAUAG